GAUCUCAUUCAGUUUCUAUUUUCGCUCCGAACAACUUCCAAAUUGUACAGUAAAAAUUUGUAAAAAAAAAGUUUAAGAUAUUUUUCUAUAAAUUUUAUUUUUGGAAAACUUGAGUCAAGAAAAUGUGUUCUCCGUGCGGUCCCUGCAGUCCCUGUGAUCCUUGCUGCGGCCCUUUCGAGUGCUCCCCGAAGUGCUACAAUGCGGCCCAGCUGGAGGCGUUGCCACAAUGUGCUCCGCGCAUCCCACCGCCCUUCCCGAAAUGCAUCACAGUUCAGCAGCCUCCGCGGAUGAUCUGCAAAAAGAGGGUGGUCUUCACGGAAAAGAUAGUCCCUGAGCCCAUGGUGGUGAACAGAUGUCGGCAGAUUACGAUACCAAAGGUCGUAGAUGCCACGAGGGUCAUCAAGGUGCCCAAGCUGAUUUGGGUGUCGCAGAUGGUGCGGGAACCCAGGGUCAUCUACUAUCCCUCGAUGAUCCCCGAUCCCUAUGUGGUGUGCUAUCCCAAGCGGGUGUGCGAGCCUCGCGAGGUGUGCCAAUCGAUCCUGUGCCAACCGAAGCCGCAGACCAUCGACAUUCCUCCCCCAAGGGAGUACUGCUGCUACCCCAAUGGACCCAUCAACUACAAGCCCAGUGCCGCCUGCCCACCCUGUCCCAUUGGACCCUGUGCUCCUGGAGGACCCUGCUGCCCGCUGCCCUGCUUCUCCACCAAUCAGUAUCCCGUCGCCGAGGGCAGGUGCGGACCCUGCGGGCCAUGUGGACCAGGUUGCGGACCCUGCGGACCGCGAUGUGGUCCCUGCGGUCCCGGCCCCUGUGGACCCUGUGGGCCGAGGUGCGGUCCAUGCGGACCAUGUGCCGUUCCGAACUGCGGGCCCUGCGGCCUCACGAUGCCGUCGGGUCCGUUUGUCCCGGCUCCAUGUGGACCAUGUGCUCCCUGCGGACCUUGCGGACCGCUUGGCAACAGUCCCUGCGGGCCAUGCGGACCCUGCGGUCCCUGUUCGCCCCCCUGUCCAUACGAAUCACCCGAGUGCGGACCCUGCUACCCGUGCGCACCAACUCCCUGGAACACCCACUGCGGUCCAGUUGGUCCCUGCGGUCCUCAAGUGCCCUGCGGUCCCUGUGGCCCUUGCUAGGAUCAUCUAUAUACGGAUUGCCCGUUGUCAAAAACCAGUGCCCUGUGGACCAACUUGUCUAUCCCGACCGCUUGACUCCGAUGCCGAAUAUCAUAUUGUUUUCGCCGUCCUGCUUAUAAUCACUACCAAAAGUCU